AGUCGGUCGAGCAGUUUGAGGCCAUGAAGCAGGCCAAGCUGGACGAGAUCGCGGCCGGCAAGAAGAUGGUGGCAGAGAUCGACCAGGAAGACGCUGCCCUGCGGGAGAAGCACGCUCAGGAGAUGAAGGAGCUCAAGGACACUGAGGAUCAGCUCGCCAUGGACCAGGCCUUCCUCGCGGACCUGAAGCAGAAGUGCGCGGAGGGGGACGCGGAGUUCGAGUCGCGGAUGAAGGGCCGCCUGGACGAGAUCACCGCCGUGGAGGACACCAUCAAGAUCCUCAACAGCGACGAGUCCUUCAAGAUGUUCUUGAAGACGACCAAGGGUUUCGUCGAGGACCAGCAGUUCGUCGAGCAGAGCUCCGCGUUCGUUCAAACUGGUGCAGCGAGCAAGGAGGC